AUGGAGAAAAUGUCAAUAAGGAUUUUCAUCAUGAUUAUUUUAGUUAUAAUAAAUAAUGUCGAAUCAAGCAGCAAUCGAGAGGGAACUGUCUGUCCACAAAGUGCACGAUAUCGGACUUUUAAUGGUUAUUGCAAUAAUUUAAGAAAUCCAUCUUGGGGACAGGCGGGAACUGCACAAAAAAGACUCAGUGACAUGAAUGGAAAACCAAUGGUGGCUUAUGAAGACGGAGUAAGUUUGCCUAGGGGUUUUCCAGACAGACUUCCUGAUCCUAGAGUUGUAAGCAAUGCAGUUUCUGAUUCUUCUUUUGGGCCUAGACAUCAGAGUGAUAGAAAAAGGACAGGACAACAUAUGUCGUUUGGUCAAUUAUUGGCACAUGAUUUUAUAGAAACGGAUAUACCCUCGGUCUAUAGGGAGCAAAUAAAUUUAAUCAGUUCUUAUAUUGACUGUUCAUUUCUCUAUGGUGAUGGUGUGGAUGAAACACUAAGAGUUCAAAAUAGCUUCUUGAUGAAAACAGAUCCAGGAAAUCUUUUACCAACAACUGAUGGAGGAGCCUGCUUAAAGUUGAAAACAGAGAAUAGAUGCCCGUUUGCAGGUGAUGGAAGAAGUACUGAAGCACCAAACCUUAGUUUAAACCAUUUGGUUUUUGUCAGAUAUCAUAAUCGAUUGUCCACAAAACUACAUAAACUUAACCCAUGCUGGAAUAAUGAGAUGGUGUUCCAAGAAACUCGAAGAAUUAUCAUAGCACAGGUCCAACACAUCACGUACAAUCACUUUCUCCCACUGGUUGUUGACAGAAAAACAAUGCAAAGAUUCAAAUUAUUUUCAAAGAAGAGAGGAUUUAAAGAUGUUUAUGAUCAAAAAGUUGAUGCAUCUUCUUUCAAUAGUUUUGGAAUAGCGCCUUGGCGUUAUGGACAUUCCCAAAUUAUGGCCGAACAAUCUGAGUUAAAGGAUGACUUCAGAACUAUCAUAACACAUAAACUCGAAGAUAAUUUUGAAAGCCCAGAUUUAUGGCAGACAAAUCUUGGAGAAAGAAUUGAAGACCUUACCAGAUGGCUUGCAACAAAACCAGCACAAAGAAUUGACAGCUUUUUAGUUGACGGAGCACGUGACAAACUAUUCUUCAUCAAAACACCGCCUGGAACUGACCUUUAUGCACUUAACAUGCAGCGAGGACGAGACCAAGGUGUUCCUGCAUACAAUGAAUGGCGCAAGUUUUGUGGACUUAAAAAAUUUAGAUGUUUUGACGACUUUGGAGAGUUUGGCUCAAAACUUGCAAAAGUAUAUAAGACAGUACACGAUGUUGAUCUAUUUAUUGGUGGUCUGUUAGAAAAAGGCGAGGAUGGAGGAGUUGGUCCUACUUUUGCUUUUCUGAUUGGAACACAAUUCUUUCGCUUCAAAGUGGGAGAUAGAUUUUGGUAUGAAUCGUCAGAUCCAGAUUUUGCAUUCACAAAAGGUAAUAUUACUGGAAAUAAAGAAUAUGUCAAAAUGACAACAAUGCAACAAACGAGCAGACAACAGCUGAAGAUCACCAAUGGGCCUAGAACACAGCAAAAAAAUCCCGCGUCCGGAGGUGGUCCUCAGCUGAGACAAAACUCUAUUAGACUGAUUCUAUGA